AUGGCGCCCGGUGAAUCCUCGAGACCGUCGUCGCACCGACCACGGGACUCAUCGGGCAGGAAACAUCAACACAAGAAACGGCGGUCACAGGAUCAGAGAUCGAGACGGCCAGCGACCGAUUCUGGAGAGAGCAGGGGCUCGCAGACGCUUUCGGCGGAUGCGCUGGCCCAGUUGAACCAGGAGAACACGAGAAGACCAAAGCGACGGGGAUCCGACGCGAGGCCAAGAGACCCGGAAAGAGAUGCAGAGAGGGAAAGGCUGCGGAGAGAGAGGAGGGAACGAAGGGCGCGCCGUGCCGCCGCGGAGAACGGAGACGCUCCGAGGGAAAAGGAUCCGCCGAGAGAGAGGCCGCGACGAGUCCAGAAGGAAGAGUACAGAGAUUUGCCAUACGAGAAACCGCGGAAAGACAGGCACAAGAAGAAGCGGGUGGUCAGCGGCGCCAUUCUCGAGGAGGGCCGUGGGUCGCGUGGUUUGAGAGGCGGCGGAUGGAGCAGCACCGACAGCAACAGCCUCGAGAAGGAGCGUCUCGUGGAUGACCCACCCGGGCCGAUCAAGAAGAGGAAGAAGCUUUGGAUCUGCCUUGGAGUCUGCUUGGUCCUCCUGAUUAUCAUUAUCGUCGUGGCAGUGGUCGUCAGCAAGAAAAACUCCAACAACAGCGACUCGAGUUCGGUAAACCUCGACGGCCAGGACAAGAACAGCAUUCCGAUGAAAUGGCGCGGCACCUAUCUCGAUCCGUGGUCCUGGGGCGACACCACCGAUUUCAACGUCACUUUUACCGACGAGAUGGUUGGCGAUCUGCCGGUCAUGGGCCUGUACACCGACUGGGACGACUCGACGCAGGCCAACAGCAAGGUCCCGAAGCUCAACGAGGACUGGGGCUCGUACGGGUCAAGGCCGGCACGCGGAGUCAACGUCGGCGGCUGGCUGAACCUCGAACCCUUCAUCACGCCCUCGCUCUUCAACUACGACUCCCGUCUCGGCAUCAUAGACGAGUACACCCUCUGCACGCACCUGGGCACCAAGAAGUCGGCCGAGGUGCUCGAGGACCACUACAAGACCUUCGUGACGGAGAACACGUUCAAGGAGAUUGCAGAUGCGGGACUCGAUCACGUACGCAUUCCCUUCAACUACUGGGCGAUCGAGGUCUACGACGGCGAUCCGUACGUCUUCCGUACGUCAUGGCGAUACCUCCUCCGCGGCAUCGAAUGGGCGCGCAAGUACGGCCUCCGCGUCAACCUCGACGUCCACGGCCUGCCUGGCAGUCAGAACGGGUGGAACCACUCUGGCCGUCAGGGGGUCAUCGGCUGGCUCAACGGCACCGACGGCGCCACCAACGCCCAGCGCAGCUUGGACUUGCACGACCGGCUGUCGAAGUUCUUUGCGCAGGACCGGUACAAGAACAUCAUUUCCUUCUACGGCCUUGUCAACGAGCCAAAGAUGACGGAGCUGAGCGCGACGGAUGUCGUCGCGUGGACGGAGCAGGCCUACAAGCUCGUCAAGGGCAACGGGAUCAAGGCCAUCGUGGUGUUUGGCGACGGCUUCAUGGGCCUCGGCAACUGGCAGGGCAAGAUGACGGGCUACAGCGACCUGGCGCUCGACGUGCACCAGUACGUGAUUUUCAACACGGACCAGAUCGUGUACACGCACCAGAAGAAGGUCCAGUACGCCUGCGACGGCUGGACGGAGCAGGCGGAGCAGUCGAUGGACACGUCGACGGGCUACGGGCCGACGCUCUUCGCCGAGUGGUCGCAGGCCGACACGGACUGCGCCAAGUACGUGACCAACGUCAACUGGGGCAACCGGUGGACGGGCACGUACGACACGGGCAACUCUUCGACGUCGAUCCUGACGCCGCGGUGCCCGACAGAGGACAGCAAGUGCAGCUGCGACAAGGCCAACGGCGACCCCAGCGGGUUCAGCAGCGAUUACAAGCAGUUUCUGCAAAUGUUCGCCGAGGCGCAGAUGCACUCGUUCGAGAAGGGGUGGGGCUGGUGGUACUGGACAUGGGACACGGAGAGCUCGCCGCUCUGGAGCUACAAAAAGGGCCUCGCGGCCGGAAUCCUGCCUGCCAAGGCCUACGACCGGGACUUUGACUGCUCCGGAACGGUGCCGUCGUGGAGCAGCUUGCCGGAGUACUACUGA